UCACCAAGCUAGCGUUAGCAUCCCCCCUUGGGAGCUGAUUGUGCCGGCGUGGUCAGGUGACGCUGGGGUGGUGUCUGAUUGGCUGAGGUGACGAUGCCUUCAAGGACACUCAAUCCUGAAUGGAUGCAUUUUCACUGGCUGACCUGCCGCGCACAACAGAUGACACACUUUGUAUCCACGCCGUGUACGCACAUCGAUUCUUCUUCUCUGUGGGCUUUUCCCUCCAGGGGUCCUUCCUCUGGACAUCUCCCAACCAUCUCAGUCCGGCCUCUGACUUCAUCUCUAAGGACAUGCCAAACAUCACACCACAUACACAUUUAGUCCUACUUGCCAAGUCAAGUAAGAAAGCCACGCCCCCUCGGCAAAGCCACGCCCCCUCCUCCACCCCCUCCGGGCUGCUGUUGAUGGUCUGCUCCACGCACACGCGCGCCUUCACUGCAGGAGGACAGUCGCCGCACGAUUCCCUCUCCCUCCUCGGACUGCCAGGAAGUGACCAAUCAGCAGCCAUGAUGAUGCCAAAGAGGCCUCAGACGUCUCCGGGGAGCGUGUUGUCCGUCAGAGGCUCCGGCAUCCCGGGAUCUCCUGCUGCCGCCAUCGUGGCCAGAGUGGAGGACGGCGUCAUCGGGUAUAAGGACUUGGCGGCGCUCCCACGGGACAAAGCCAUCCUGGACAUCGAGAGACCCGACCUGAUGAUGUACGAGCCGCACUACACCUACGGUUCACUGGAGGCGUCGACAUCCUUGUCCUCUCGCUCCUUCUCUCUCCCCGCCUCCCCCGAGAACCUCCACAAGGAGGCCAGGGAGUGGCUGGAGAGAUGUUCUCCUGGGGGUUCCUCGCCAAGUUCCGGCAGCAGGAAACACAGCAGCAACACGCCGCCGUCGCCACGCACGCCACACGCACACACGCCACACGCACACGCACACGCACAGCCUUCCAGGAGCAGCCUGCACCACUUCCACACACCAGACAACGGCAGCAACAUCUACAAGAAGCCCCCCAUCUACAGACGAGGCGGGGCGUCUUCUGCCAUUCCUGCAGGGAAGCACUUGGAGGACCUGAUCAUCGAGUCUUCAAAGUUCCCGGCCGCUCAGCCUCCAGAUCCAAACCUUCCCUCCAAGAUCGAGACGGACCACUGGCCCUGCCCCCCCUCCAUGGCCGUCAUCGAGAAGGAGCAUCGCAGGAGCGAGGCGAGGGAUGAGGACGAGGACAACGAGAUGGACGAUGAAGUCUGGGCUUUGCGAGCUCUUCGCAGACAAGAACUGAACAAGAUCCAGUCCAACCUGGGAAGGAUCAUCCUCAAGGAGGAGACUUCGGCGCUUCUGAGGAGGAAGACCCGCUCCCUGCCGGACCGCAGCCAGCAUGCAGGGGCCGGGACUUCCAGGUCUGUUUAUUUCCCAGCAUCCUCGGGGACAGGCCUGUCCAGGCUCCGGUCAGCAGACCUCAGCUCAUCGCAAAAGCCCGCCGCAGGUGUUCAGGUAGUGUGUGGUCCUCAUUGUGCGUCAUGUCGGCCAUUUUGUGGUGAUGUUUGUGUGUUUGUGUGUCAGAAUGGAGACUCCGGGAUGGACCGAGGCGACUCCCUGCCCGCCAUGUUGGAGGUCAAGAUCUAUCCGUAUGAGAUGCUGGUGGUCCACCACAGAGGGCGGAGCAAGCUUCCUGCUGGCGUGGAGAGAACACGGCUGGAGAGACACCUGUCACAGGACGAGUUCCUCAGCGUGUUCGGGAUGACGCUGGCGGACUUUGAGCAGCUCUCUCUGUGGAAGAGGAACCACCUGAAAAAGAAGGUGUGUCUCUUCUGACUCCCGGAGCCACGCCCCGUUGCGGCCGGCCACACCCCCCUCGCCACAAACCUUCUGUAACCGUUCCCUUUAAGGUCCGUGAAGGACGUUCAGGAAGGACAAAGCAAUAAGGUCUUUUAUGAUGUCAUCAUGUGACGCCACCAGCAGAUCGGCCAUGAUGCUUUUUACCGCACGUCACGUGACCCAAACCGCCGCAACACGCGUCCAAUCAGACCGCUCGGAUUGCGACGGUUGAGUUGAACGCAGAAGGCCUCAGCAGCCAAGAGCGUCUUACGACAGAAGGUCACCGCAGGAAGUGGUUUUAAAGUUUGGACGAGCAGCUGCUCCUCUGCAGCUAAUUAGCCUAGCUUACUGAUUAGCUUCCAGGUGUCAUCAACACGUGGAUGUUUUCUAACAAACGUACGCUUUCAUCGCCCGACUUAUCUGCCUUUGGUUUUGCUGUGAGGAAAGGAAGCGAGGCCGCGUCAUCAGCGUUCCUUCCAAGGUUGGACUUUUUGCCGUGUUUGUGACGAAAGACUUUGUGCCGCAUGCAUGACGUCACCGUUGAGUUGCCAUAACAACUAAUAAACGCAUCAAGCAUC